GUGCAUUUAUGUGCGCCGUUCGUCGUCUGCAAUAUUCCUGCAUCAAAUGCAUUUUAAAGGGCAAGUGACAGCUCUCGUUGUUGACAGUCGCGAGAAAAACCUUGCUCCUGAUUCGCGAAAAUCACUUGCAUUAUUGGUUUUUUUUCUCCAUUAUUAACAUAGUGAUGAGGCUCUUAUUCAUUCAAGUCAAAACUAUUGUGUUAAAACAGAGUGUGUAAAAUAGAAAAAAAGGGGGAAAAAAAAAUGUGAAAGUGAGGAGUGGUGCAAACGGGAAAAAAAACAGUCCCGGGGAUUCAACAAACAAACGGGGAGAUAAUUCUAUAACGAAACGAAAGCAACGCAAUAGUAAAAUGAAAUGAAAACAGUCUAUUCAUUUUUCUUUCGUUUUGUUUGAGAAAAUUGAUCCUUCGAAUCGGACCAUUCAAGUGACGAUUCCAUAUUGAUCAAUUUUUCUCCCAAUGACCAUCAGUCAUCAUCGCGGGGGAAAAUUGCUGAAAAUUGUGUGUUUAAAGACUGAAAGUAAAUUGAAAAGAUAUUUAAAUUGUGGAUAUUAUUGAUCCUAAAAGUUUCCGGGGGGUUUCUUCAUGAAUUUAUAUCGAGUUUUAUGGCUGUGGAAAACAUUGUGGAGUAUAUAACAAAUCAGCUGAUCGAACAAGAGCGUUUGGUGAAUUAGAUUUACUUCCAAGUUCCAAAGUUGCAAUUAAAUCUCCAUCCAUAUAUAGAACUCGAAACUGAAUUUACUAAAAUCAAUGUUUAUUUCUAACUCCCGUGGAAGGACGUGCAAGUGCCAACUUUUACAUAUGUUAUAAAGAAAUAAUCAUAAACUUUGAUAAUUAAAGUGAAUUUAUUUUUUUUAGUGACUCGGUGUAUUAGCGGAAAUGUAUUUUUUUAAAGUGCAGUAAAAAACAGUGAGAAAAAGAAGGGAAAAAAGGAUAAAAAAGGAUACGAAAUAAACAGCAAAAACAAGGAAUCAAGAAUUAUAAUUCGGCAUGAUCUGUGGUGGAAUUAAAAGUUGGUCAGAAACAUUGGGCGGGGAGGUAUGGAAGCGGAAGCUGGUCGUUUGGCUCACCAGGGGUUGCAGCUUACUCUGUCAUCCCCGGGAAUCCCUGGACUUGAAGUCGUGAGGGCUUUGCACCAGACAGUAAUAUCUCUACGCUCGGCAUUGGAUUCAUCUCGAGAGGAAUUGCGUCGACUAAAAGAAGAUUUUGGCGAAUUUUCCGCUGAGAAUUACGCGAACGUGGUGGAAAGACUCGCAUUGGAAAAUCACAUAUUGCGACGAAAAAUACUGAGUAGGAGCAAUUUUUCCAGUGAUUCUGCAACCAAUUCUCCAUCUCCUGCUGUAAUGAUCAAACAUCCAACAGAGCCAGGGACAUCGACAAUCAUGGACACUAAUGAGGAUGAAACUGUCGUCGAUGGACCAAAAGAGGAGACACCAGAGGAAAAUCCAAUCGAUGAACCACAAGUGUCCUCUUCAAUUCCAAAAGUCACGAAGGAAUCCUGUGGCGAUGAUGAUAAUGAUGACAACGCUGUGAAAAAUGAUAAAUCUCCAGAUGAGAAAAUCGACGAUGAUCAAGAGAAAAUUGAUGAAAAUUAUACUGCAACUGAUCAUUUAGACGUACCCGAUAAGGAAUUGGAGGAUUUAAGUUUAAAAUCAGCGUCGGACGGUGAUAAUUCCGUGUUCACUGAUAAUCCCGAGAAUCAACAGAUUGAAGUUAAACCAAAUGAAUCGGAAAAUGAAUCGGAGGAAUUGGACGAUAUUGAAUUAAUAUUCACGACUGAUGAGACGGCGUGUAGAGAAGUUGAAUUACAGGAGGAUUUAGUUUCAAUAACUGAGAAUGAGCCGUGGCAACAAAAUUCGGGACAACCAGUAUUAUUGAAAUAUACAAAAUCGGCGGAGGGUGAAUCAUUGGUUUGUAAUGGUGAUAAGACAAGUUCGGUUGAGGAGGCAAUGUCGUCACAAAGUUCAAGUAUCGAUCGUGAAGAGAGUGUUGAUCGUUUUGAUGAGAGUUCAAGUACAAGAUUGAAUAAAAUUUGGUCGCAAUGUUCGGUGCUUGUUGAGACUGAUAUCAGUAAAUGUGGUGUACUCGAGGAAACUGAUUUACCCUCGAGGCAUGGAGUCAGACGAAAUACACUCGCUGCACCGCCGACGGCCUAUCGGCCAAUUAUUCAUAGGGAAGCGCUUGCGACGGGUCGUAGGAAAAGUUCAGCGCCUUUAAGACCGGUGAUGGAUCGAAAUUGUGGUGCAAGACGUGAGUCAGGAGCGCAAACUGAUAUUUCAGCGCUUCCGGCACAAUGGAGAUCGGAGAGUUAUCUUGCGCACAAAGUGGCACAUACUUUUACAACUUUGCCGAGUAAAUUUGCACUUCCGGCCGGUAUGCCCGGAAGACUACGAGUUAAUGACAAAACACGAGAAGCAAGGAGAGUCAUGCUCUCGGACAUCAGCUUCACCAGCAUGGUUCCGGAAUUGUCAAGAAGCGCCGAUCAUCUCUGUCAUGAUCCUCACGUUCAGUCGUGUUAUAAUGCGCGAGGUUGCGGUCUUCGUACACCGGAAGUGAUACGUCGGGAAUCUCUGGGAUCUCCGGCAGGAUAUUGGCCGCGCUGCAAUGCAGGAACAGGACUUCCGAGUCCAUGUGAUUGUCGUAUAUCGACGGAUUUGUAUCCGAGUCGUUAUCGUGGCUCGUUGACGUCAAUUCCAUCGCCAGGAUUGGAAGUUGUUGGCGGGCCAUCGCGAAGACAUUCGUGGCGUGCGACAGCCGCUUCAUUUGAUACGUGGCGAAUUCCAAUUACAACAACAUCAACACCACGUCCCACAUGGUCAUCGAUGCCGUCAUCGCCCACGCACGUUAAUCCACCGCCAUCCGUUGCAAGAAUAUCGAAAACAAUUCCCAAGAGGACACGAUCAAAAGUCACAUUUCAAGAUUGUCCAAUGACGAGGGGAAGUUUACCGAAUCUGAGAACUGAUCUGGAUAUGAGUGGCGAUUCCACUGAGUCGUUAAUUGACGAGGCGGAAGAUUACUUGAGAAGAAGUAUUGAUUCAAUGUUGACUAUAUCGACUGCGGAAUAUUGGAACAAACAGCCGCCACGACGAAGAAGAGCUCGUCGACAUUCGGAGCCUGAUCUCUUUCGUGAAUGGAAUCCUCCACAGGAUGCACGACCCUAUCUGCCAAAGAUACCUCGAGAUCUCAAGUUGGAUCAUCUUGUAAAAGUAAUAUCUCCAGAGGGAAAAGUUUUACAAGGUAGAGUUCGAUAUGUGGGACCUGUCCCUGGACGAGAGGACAUUCAUGUCGGCGUUGAACUUCCAAAUGAAAACGGAUCCUCAGAUGGCACCUUCCAUGGAAGAAGAUUCUUCAUUUGUGAGCCGUAUCGAGCUGUUUUCGUUCCAUUCAAGAAAGUUAUAUUGGGCUGGUGCAUCAAUACCUGACCCGAAAUUACCUCGAGCGAAUUGCCAGCAACUUCCUCGUCAAAUACGACGACCACCAAUCCGCCACGAAUUCUCUUGUCUCAAUUCACAAUGUGAGGAUCGAUAAAAAGGUACUUGUAUUCGAAAUGGAGUCUUUUCUUGAUUUCUCGCGUGAUUUCAAUCUAUUAUAUAAUAUAUCGAACAAAAUCGAGAAAACUCUAUAAAAUACACAUACACUACACAUAUUCUAUUUUCAAUAACAAAAUCCAAAGAUAGCUAAAAAAAAGGAAUUAUACUAACUUUUCAAUCAAAAGAAAAUUUUUUAUUUCAAGACAAAAAAGCUAGAAAAUCGAAAGUUUUUUUGAAAAAGAAAAAAUACGAAAAAGGAAAUUUUAGGGAAAAAUAGAAGAAAAUUAUAUAUAAAAGAUUUUUCCGAUUUUACUCGAUGGCAAAUGCGUAAAUUUUUCUGUUGAAAAAAAAUCUAUUCUUUAUCCGUCAAAAAAUAGAUGUUGUGCAAGAAAAUAUUAAAUGGCAAUUUAUGCAAACACGACACACUUUAAAUCCGGACUCGAUCUUUACAGAUUUUUUUAGGGAUUUCGUAAAAUUUAAUACAUUUCAUUUCAAAUUAAUUUUUCCCGACUAAUUUACUCGAAUUAGUUAGUAAUUGCUUAAAUAGAAUCCAAAUUUACUCAAAAACUAAUUAUUUAACAAAAAUUUAAUUUGAGUUUUGAAACAAUUGCUCUCGAAAACUAAUUUUCGCAGAAAAGAGAUUUAAAUCAUUUUUGAAAAGGAUUGGAAACUCACUUAUUUGCCGAUAAUUAAUUUGAUUUGAAACUUUAGUUUGCAAUAAGUUUUCUUCACGAGCGAAAUCCUAGGUGAUCUAGUCACAGAACGGAUAAUAAAAGUAUAAAAAUUCGAAAGACGUGUCCGCGAAUUUAUAAUAAAUAUAUUCAAUGUGGAGAGAAAAUUAAAAUUUCCCAUUAUAAAUGCUUACAAGAAAAACAAAAAAAAAGUCGUUUUCAAUUUUUCUGUAAUAUACAAAAAAUUGAAGAAAAAAAUUGCAAAAAACAAUAUGAAGUAAAAAAUGAAAUAAAAAAUGAUGUAAUUUAAUGUACGUAAAUAUCUAUAUAUUAUGUGUAUAGCAAGAUUUAUGGAGCUGUAUUUAUGUAAUGAUAUGUACCUAUUUUUGAGAUGAGCGCACUCUGUCGCAAUUCACUUUUCUAUUUAUAGACAAGAAUAACAAAAAAAAAAGAAAAUAUGAAA